GCCAAACAUUAUAGGCCGUCAAAAGCGACCAAACUAGCCUCCAACAGCACAAGCCCUACUUCUACCUUCCGCUUAUAUAUCCAUCUCUCUUCCAAUUUCUUCACGUCUCUGCAGUUUUCACUUCCAUCCAACAGAAAUCAGAUCCAUUUUUUAGUUUCCAAUCACCACCAUCAUGUUUGGCCGUGUUCCUAAGAAGAGUGAUAAUUCAAAGUAUUACGAAAUUCUUGGUGUGCCACAAAGUGCCAGUCAAGAUGAACUGAAGAAGGCUUACCGGAAGGCUGCCAUAAAGAAUCAUCCUGACAAAGGUGGAGACCCUGAGAAGUUCAAGGAAUUGUCUCAAGCAUAUGAAGUCCUCAGCGAUCCAGAAAAACGAGAAAUUUAUGAUGAAUAUGGUGAAGAUGCUUUGAAAGAGGGAAUGGGAGGAGGCGGUAGCUCCUCUGGGAACCCAUUUGAUGUGUUUGAGCAGUUCUUUGGUGGUGGUGGUUUUGGAGGAGGAUUUGGUGGUGGUGGUAGUUCAAGAACUAGGAAGAAGCAAGGAGAAGAUGUAAAACAAAUCCUAAAGGUUUCUUUGGAGGAAGUGUAUAAUGGCACAAUGAAGAAACUCUCUCUUUCAAGGAAUAUUUUGUGCAAAAAGUGUAAAGGGAAAGGUUCGAAGAGUGGUGCUUCAUCUAGAUGUCAUGGAUGCCAAGGGUCUGGAAUGAGGGUCACAACUCGACAGAUCGCCCCAGGAAUGAUCCAACAAAUGCAGCAUGUUUGUUCUGAAUGCAGAGGCUCUGGAGAAUCAAUCAACGAGAGAGAUAGAUGCCAGCAGUGCAAAGGAAAGAAGGUUACACAGGAGAAGAAAGUGCUUGAGGUUAAUGUUGAAAAAGGAAUGCAGAAUGGUCAAAAGAUAGUGUUUGAGGGCCAAGCUGAUGAAGCUCCUGAUACCGUUACAGGAGAUAUUGUUUUCGUAUUGCAACUGAAAGAACACCCCAAAUUUAAGAGAAAGCAAGAUGAUCUCUAUGUGGAACACAAUGUUAGCUUAACCGAAGCUCUUUGCGGGUUCCAGUUUGUUCUUACUCAUCUUGAUGGCAGACAACUUCUUAUCAAAACGAAUCCUGGAGAAGUGAUCAAACCUGAUCAAUACAAAGGAAUCAACGAUGAGGGAAUGCCACAGUACCAACGACCAUUCAUGAAGGGCAAGCUCGUAAUCCAUUUCAAUGUUGCAUUUCCCGAAACUGGGGCUCUGACCCCCGAGAAAUGCAAGAUUCUGGAGACCAUUUUACCCCCUGCAAGCACGAGUUCAUCUGAAAUGGCGGUUGAUGAUUGUGAAGAAACCAUUUUACAUGAUGUGAAUAUGGAAGAAGAAAUGAGGAGGAAAGAGUAUCAGAGACAGCAGGAAGCGUACGAUGAAGAUGAAGACGAUGAACCUGGAAUGCAACGCGUGGGUUGUAAUCAGCAGUAAGAUCCAUCUUUUGCGGUUUUAUAAAGGGUAGAGAUUUGUGAUUCUUAUGAUGUUUGUGAAGAUUUAUGGCUAUUCUGCUCGCUGAUUCUUAGUUUUCGUGCGUUUUUCGAGAUUUUGAGCUUUGGCUCGGCUUUCUUUUGUUGAUUUUAUGAUAUAUUCGACACUUAUGAAAUUGAGUUUUUGCUUGCCUUGUUAUAGUUCUUCACACCUUUCUAA